AAGAGGGACAGAGAAAGCCAAGCGUGCCAGCUGGGGAGUUGUAGCCCCUCCUGUAGCACUUCUGCAAGCACUGCCGAAGGUUUCCGGACGAGAGAGAGCCAGUGGUUCAGGAGAUGUGCUUAAGAGACUUCGGCACAAGCUUAAGUUGCUUGUAGCGUUUGGGGGCUGUUGUGAAGCCUUCACAUCUUCUCCACUCGCUGUGCAUCUCGUGCCAGGUGCUGACAAGUCAAGACCACCUUCAUCAAGCCCUUCCAGUAUUAUUCGUCGGACUUCCUCACUGGAUACGCUUGCUGCUCCAUACCUUGCUGGACAGUGGCCUCGUGAUAAUCACGGACAAGCUGCUCCAUGUAUGAGAGACAAAGCCACACAGACAGAAAGUGCCUGGGCUGAAGAAUAUUUAGACAAGAAGAGAAGUUCACACAAACGUUCAGCAUCAUGGGGCAGUAAUGAUCAACUCAAGGAGAUUGCAAAAUUACGUCAGCAAUUGCAGAGAAGCAAACACAGCAGUAGGCAUCAUCGGGAUAAAGAAAGACAGUCUCCUUUUCAUGGUAACCAUGCAGCCAUUAACCACAAUCAGGCUCCCAUCCCAAAGAGUGCUCUUGUUCCUGUGAUACCUAUUACCAAAUCAACAGGAUCACGAUUCCGAAACAGUGUAGAAGGACUGAAUCAGGAGAUUGAGAUAAUAAUUAAGGAGACGGGAGACAAAGAGGAGCAGCUUGUUCCUCAAGAUAUUCCAGAUGGGCACCGUGCACCACCUCCGUUGGUUCAGCGUAGUAGUAGUACUCGCAGCAUUGAUACCCAAACACCUGGUGGAGCAGACAGGGGUAGUAACAACAGCAGCCGUUCCCAGUCAGUAUCUCCAACCUCAUUUCUUACCAUCUCUAACGAAGGCAGUGAAGAAAGUCCGUGUUCUACAGAUGAUCUUGCAGAUUCCAGAGAUAAAGAGAAUGGGAAUAAUUCUCCCUUGCCAAAAUACGCUACCUCACCAAAACCCAACAACAGCUACAUGUUCAAGCGUGAACCUCCAGAGGGCUGUGAAAAGGUGAAAGUCUUUGAGGAAAGCUUGCCAAAGCCAUUGCAUGAAAUUCCAGCCUUCUACUGCCCUGACAAGAACAAAGUGAAUUUCAUUCCUAAAAGUGGCUCUGCUUUCUGUCUUGUCAGCAUCCUCAAGCCACUUCUUCCCACGCAGGAUCUCACACUUAAGGGCACUACACACAGCCUAACUGUCUCCUCUGGCAUGACGCCCAGUUUGUUACAGCCCAUUGCUAUGGCCUCCUUGUCUACAAACACAGAUCAAGACAGAAUCUCUCGUGGAACAAGUACAGUAAUACCGCAGACCUCUAUACUCCAGCAAUCAGGACAUAUUGAGGAAGCUGAAGGAUAGAUUUAGAUUGUCUUGACAUUUUUCUGGGCAACUACUGGGAAAAAAUUUGAACCAGUUGACUGGACCUUUCUGGUCACACUAUUUGCAUUGUUCUAACAAUUUAUGGCACUGUCAUAAUUGAACUGUUCGUAUAAUUGACAGUUUGGCAGCACAUUGAGAAGUUCAGGAGGAUGCAGCAGCUGAUACUCUGUUGCGCUUUCUGCUUAUGAAGACUCUGGUUCUGUUUCUCUCCUGAU